AUGGCUUCCCCAAGUUCGAAUUCACACUCAGAACAUACCAGGGACGAAGCGGUUCUUGCUAGGUUGGGAUAUAAGCAAGAGUUUCGCAGGGAGUUCACUCCAUUAGAGGUCUUUGGUGUUGCAUUCAGCAUCGUGGGGCUCCUUCCAUCCAUUGCAUCGGUGCUCUUCAAUGCCAUGCCCAACGGUGGUCCUCUUGCAAUGGUUUGGGGUUGGCUGUUUGCCUGUGCUUUUAUCAUGUGUAUCGGUUUGGCCAUGGCGGAGCUUGCAUCUGCGGCACCAACCUCAGGUGGAUUGUAUUACUGGACCUAUUCACUUGCCUCCCCUCGUUGUCGGAAUUUUCUCUCGUGGAUAGUUGGGUAUUCUAAUACGAUCGCGUCUAUCGCAGCAUUUGCUUCAGUAGAUUGGGCAUGCGCGAUCCAAAUCACAGCGGCAGUUAGUAUCGCAUCUAAUCAAGUAUACGUGACAACCAAUGGACAGAUCUAUGGUAUAUUUGCAGCGUUGGUGUUAUCCCAUGCUGUCCUUGUGAGCCUCGGGACACAAAUCCUGGCAAGACUUCAAAGACUAUACAUCCUCCUAAAUGUGUGCCUCUGCUUUAUAGUCAUCAUCGCGCUUCCAAUCGCAACGCCAUCAGAAUUCAGAAACAGCGCCAGCUACGCACUCGGAGACUUUACUAACUUGGACGGCUGGCCAUCUGGAUUUGCGUUCAUAUUAAGUCUAUUGGCGCCUCUCUGGACGAUAGGUGGUUAUGAUUCAAGUGUACACAUGAGUGAGGAGGCAUCCAAUGCCACUACCGCCAUACCAUGGGCCAUUAUCGGCUCCAUUGCAAUAUCUGCAGCCCUUGGCUGGGGCAUCAAUGUCUCCCUUGUAUUUUGCAUGGGCAGUGACCUCGAAGGCAUCUUGAGCAGUCCGAUCGGUCAACCUAUGGCGCAGAUAUUCUACAACUCUUUUGGGCAAAAAGGAGCGUUAGCCCUCUGGUCUCUCGUCAUUGUGGCACACUACACAGGAACGCCAGUCAAUACUGUUUGGCUCGAUGCUUUGCUUGCUCUUGCGAUCGGUCUUCUGGCGUUCGUGAGCACACAGGCCAUCAACGCAAUAUUUACCCUCGUAGUCACCUCUUCAUACAUAUCUUACAUCACCCCAAUCGCAACCCGUUUCGCUUUCAAGAAUGAUUUCAAGCCCGGUCCAUUUAAUCUUGGGAAAUUUAGCUUUCCUGUCGCAGCAAUCGCUGUGUCAUGGAUGGUCUUCAUGAAUAUGGUUUUCUUCUUCCCCACGACCCCACAGACUACUGCGCAAGAGAUGAACUAUACAGUGGUCGUCCUAGGUGGUUUCAUGUCCCUCGCUGUUUUCUGGUAUUACUGCCCGGUAUACGGAGGAGUACACUGGUUCAAUGGACCUGUCUCAAAUCUAAUGUCAGCCGAGAAGGGGCAAGAUGAUGAAUCGGCAUCAGAGAAGACAGGGAAAGGGCGAGGAGUAGAUGUCUUGAUCGUGGACGCAUAA